AUGCAUAUGCAACAAUUCCUCAUCACGGCAGCCUGCCUCGCCACCACUACACUUGCCAUUCCUUUAGAUGGUCGCGAUAGUUCUACCUCCCCUGCCAACGCAAAGGUUACUCUUGCAGAAGCAUUCACCUCCGGCGCUGGUAACAAAAACCCCAAAUCUACCACCAAUACCGGCGUUGGCAAAGGUUCCGACACUUACAAAUGCUACUAUGGCGGCUGGCAAUCAUUUCCACCAUCUUCCAAGUGGGUUUCCUUUGAGGCUAUGUGGAAUAAAUCUAUCACGUACCUCAAGGAAUCGUGUGCCAGUACCGGCGCCUUUGGUUCUGGCGAUAGCCAAACACAGAUUGAUGACAUGUACAACUCAAUCUUGACCGUCGCUAGCGCUAGUUUUGUGGACCCAAGAUUCAUCUUCGCCACGAUCUUGCAAGAGAGUAGUGGAUGUGUCAAUAUUGACACCAGCACAAACCCAGACCCAAGCCAACCUGAUAACCCGGGUCUCAUGCAAUCCGUAGGCGGUGCAAAAUUCGUCGGAAACUCCGCAUCUGCAUCCGCUCAGGCUUCAUCCAUUCACCAAAUGAUCGUCGAUGGAACUCAAGGCACAACGCAAGGUGAUGGUCUCGUCCAAUGCAUCAAUCAAUUUGGAAACAUUUAUGAAGCUGCUAGAUGUUACAACUCUGGAGAGGUCGAUAAAAGCAAUUUGAAUGAUGCUGAGGGAGCUACUGCAAGCUAUGUUAACGAUAUCGCGAACAGAAUGACUGGAUGGUUGAACGCGGAACAAACGGGAUCUUUUGAUUUGAAUCAAGUGAAAACAAUGAUUUCCCAUUUAAAUAUUCGUGGCUCUUCCGGUGAUCCCGAAGGGCAAAUGGGAGUAAUCUUCAUCGUAAAUACAAACUCCGCAACCAUUCAUUACCCUGAUUAUGAGUUAUACGUCUUUACAUGA